AUGUCAAUUCAAUCAGGAAACAUUGGUAAAAUUUCAUAUUUACCAUUAAAUCAAAUCAAAAGACCAAUUCCACCUGUUUUAGAUUAUGACAAGAUAGAUUCAAUGGAAUCACAAUUAAAAGGUAUACCAAUGGCAUCAAAAACUUGUUCCCUUGAGGAAGCCCGUGAUCUUAAUGGAGAAUUACCACCAAUAGAUGUUAUGGCUAUAAAAGAAAAUGAUGAAAUUUAUUAUUUUGCAUUUGGUGGAUGUCAUAGAUUUCAAGCUUAUGAAAGAAUUGGACCUGAUGCAAAAGUUAAAUGUAAAAUUUUACCUGCAACUAAAAGACAAUUAAAAUUAUAUCUUGGUGGUAGUGUUGAUCAUAUAUUUGAGAAGGCUGAUGGAUCUGGGAAUUGA